AUGUUGGGGUUGUCGCGCGAAUCAAUAUCAAAUGUGACUGGUACAGCCAGUCUGCUAGUUUGGAUUUUCGCGCAAUCACCACAAAUCUACAAGAACUUCCGCACGAAAAGUGUGGAUGGUCUAUCAUUUGUUUUUCUGUUUCAGUGGACGAUGGGAGAUCUUACAAACUUAGUUGGAGCAUUCCUUACUCGCCAACUUCCUAUUCAAAUUGUAAUUGCCGCUUACAUGCUCGUGAUUGACGUGUCUCUAUGUAUUCAAUAUGGCUUAUACUACCAGAGACCGGAGAAAAUACAGCGCGUGUCAGGAUUCUCUGCAGAACGCUCGCCAUUGAUCUCAGGACCCUCUCGACAUGCUCGUGCAAUGUCUAGAGUCCACUACAAAUCACGCGGGCACUCCCUUGAUCCCUGGCUCGUUUAUCGAGUAAAGCCACACCGUACAGCGAAACGGUCUUAUGGUUAUGGAUCUACUCAUCUUCAACCAGAAAAUUUGCCGAUCGACACGAACUCUCGAAAAGCUGCCACAUCGCUUGAUCGCGGGCGCAACCGAGCCACACGACACAUUCGCGGGUACAUGUCUCGCUCCAACACGUUGCAGGCGCCUAGCAGGGUCGGUUUAGAUGCUGGAUCACUAGAUAUUUCAGGCAAAAUGCGGCGAGAGCAUGGGCGCUCCACUAAUGGCUUGCGUCGUGGUUCUGUAAUGGCUAUGCUUAGUGUCGGCAUGCUGGUAUCCUUGGGACCCAUCAACAUGCACCUGCGUCAAAACGCUCCGCCUUUCGUCUCGUCAACGUCGCUGAUGGCAGCGCCCACGGUCGUGGCUGCACAAAAAGGGAUACCACCGCCUUGGGACUUGUUCUCGGGUGCUGUGAACAUAUCUUCGUCGCCUAUAUCAGCAGCUCCUACCACUGCUACGACUGCUGUACCAUUGCCCGCACCUCGCUAUCCAAUUCUUCUGUACAUGCCAGACAUGAUGCUAUUUAGACGAAGACGCCGACAACCACAUGAGCCACCUCUUCCGCUCAGCGUUGUGAUAGGCCGCAUUUCUGCAUGGCUUUGCACCUUACUGUACAUGACGUCACGUUUGCCUCAGAUUUGGACAAAUUUUCGACGCAAGUCUGUUCGUGGUUUGUCCAUGCUCUUGUUUCUUCUCGCCUUUAUCGCGAAUCUGCUGUAUUCCAUUAGCAUUGUUUCAAAUCCAAAAGCUGUGGGACCGGGCAGCUACGACUACUUGUUGGAAAGCUUACCAUUCCUGCUGGGCAGUAGCGGCACCCUGAUAUUCGAUGUUGUCAUCCUUGCACAGUAUGCAAUGUGGUACGAACGUCCUGUACCCAAGGCGCGUUCAACCAUGCCGGCCUAG